GGCGCCUCCGUCAUGGCCGGCGGGAGCCGGGCCGCGGGGCCGCAGCUCUAGGCCACCCCAGCCACCCCGCGUGGCCCUGCCACCACCAUGGAGAACGAGCAGCUCCCGGCACCUCCGCCCUCCAGCAGCGCCGGCGGCACCGGCACGACGCCCAGCAGCACCGGCACCACGCGCCCAGCCGCACCGCAGAUCUCCGUCUACAGCGGCAUUCCUGACCGCCAGACCGUCCAGGUGAUCCAGCAGGCCCUGCACCGGCAGCCCAACACGGCAGCGCAGUACCUGCAGCAGAUGUAUGCUGCGCAGCAGCAGCACCUGAUGCUGCAGACGGCCGCGCUGCAGCAGCAGCACCUCACCAGCGCCCAGCUCCAGAGCCUGGCGGCCGUGCAGCAGGCCAGCCUGGCAGCCAACAGGCAGAGUGGCUCCUCUGGCAGCAACGGCACGCAGCAGGCGCCUGUGCAGCAGCCCACGAUCAACCUGGCCACCUCGCCAGCAGCAGCCCAGCUCCUGAACCGGGCACAGAGCGUCAACCCCGGAGCGUCAGGCAUCGCGCAGCAAGCUGUCCUGCUGGGCAACGCCGCCUCGCCUGCCCUCACAGCCAGCCAGGCACAGAUGUACCUGCGGGCACAGAUGCUCAUCUUCACGCCCACGGGCCCCGUCAGCGCCGUCCGGCCCGAGAGCCCUGCACCUGUCCCACCGCCAGCCCCACCACCCGCCCCACCGCCCGCCACCCCCCAGGUGCACAGCCUGGCGCUGCGCCCCGCCGGCCCCCACCUCCCUGCCCUCGCCAUGAAACCCCCUGGCAGCGCUCCACGGGCCGGACCCCCCCGGGUCCCCCCACCCGAGAACCCUGCUGACCACCUCAAAAAGGCUGAGGGCCCCGAUGCCCGCACCCACCCCAUGGCCCGCACUGCCACUGCCCCUGCUGCCGCCCACCCGCUCGUCACCCCAGCCUACGCCCCGCUGCAGCAGCCCCAGUUCCUGCAGCAACCACCGAAGCCGAUGCAGCAGCAGUUUGUCAUCCAGCAGCAGCAGCAGCAGCAGCAGCAACAGCUGGCACCCCGCGGGCAGCCCCCCCCGGGUCCAGCUGCCCCCCAGCUCCAGUCACUGCCCCCUGCCAGCCCCAGCCCAGCCCCCCCACCCAAAACGGGAGCCCCCCACGGGACGGGGGCGGAAGGCACAGCCCCCAACGGGCACCCCGGCUGCUAUGGGGCACCCCGCAAGUUCCAGCACGCCUCCGCCGUCAUCCUGCAGCUGCAGCCCGCCAGCAGCACGCCGCCGCUGGGUGCCGCAGAGGCCGCCCGCCGGGACGCGCCGCCCGCCGCCAGAAGCCCCCCCGCCACCGCGCCUCCCGCGCUUACC